UUUCCGGUGACAACAUUACUUUUAGAUCUUUUGGACUGGUUUUGCUUUGUUUCUGCACUUUUCGGGCUUUAAAGAAAACUGUGACUUUGCUAUUUAAAGACUCCAGCAGAGGUUAUACCGUUUUAAUAUUUAUAAGGAAUAGUUUUUGGCGUUUAUGUGGGUUUUUCUGUGAUUCAGGGCAAGCAAACUAGCUAGUAACGUUACUAGCUAACGUCAGUUUUGGCAUCCUUGAAGUUACGUGCUGCUGAAUUUGACCUACAGUUUUACGGUUUCAUAGCAAAACACAUUCACCAGCCAUAUUUGAUGGUAUUUUAUUGCGUUUUAAGUUAAUAUCACGAUGUCAGCCACCUCUGUGUCACAGAAGUUUCUUGGUAGACCGUGAUGUUUAGACUGACUGGUCUUUUCAGAGCAGUACGUAGGACCGUCUGCAGCGCCGCCGACGACAUGGCCAAAGACAAGUUUUUCUACGCUGUAAGGAAGGGAUUCAAACCAGGAGUGUACAAUUCAUGGGAUGAAUGUAAGAGCCAGGUAGACAAAUUUCCAGCCGCCUCUUUCAAGAAGUUUGCUUCAGAGAAAGAUGCCUGGGCGUUCUUCAGAGGAGUCGAAUCCUCUCCAGUUCCAGAGGUGAAGCAGGUGGCUCAGAGUGUGGAGUCAGCUGCCGCUCUGCUUCCUAAAAGAGGCCCAGAGCCUCUGGAGUAUAUCCCUCUUGGUAAAAAGAGAUGUCACUCAGAAGAGGACACGGAGUCCCAUCCCAAACGAGUCAAACAGUCAGAAAGCUCGUCUUCAGAAAGUAAAGACGGAUUCACAUACAUGGGUGAUGCUGUGGUCGUUUACACCGACGGCUGCUGCUCAUCAAAUGGACUAAAGGGCGCCCAAGCUGGCAUCGGAGUGUACUGGGGUCCCAACCACCCACUAAAUGUUGCAGACCGUCUGCAUGGAAGACAAACCAACCAGCGUGCAGAAAUACAGGCAGCCUGCAGAGCGCUGGAACAAGCCAAAGAGAAGAACAUCAAGAAGUUGGUCCUCUACACCGACAGCAAGUUUACAAUCAACGGUGUGACCAACUGGGUGAAGAACUGGAAGCUCAACGGCUGGCGGCUGAAAUCUGGAGGUCAGGUCACAAACAAAGACGACUUUGUGAAGCUGGACAGACUGAAUGCAGAGCUGGAGGUGGUCUGGAUACAUAUUCCAGGUCACGCUGGCUACAAAGGUAACGAAGAGGCCGACAGACUUUCAAGAGAAGGAGCAGUGAAGCCCUUAAAGCCACAGGAAACAGACGACUGCAGUUGAAGAGAUUUGCUGCAGGACAGCUCAUAUUUUCUCUGGUUUAGGUUUGUUUUAUUUCUCUAAAGCACUGGUGACUGAACCAAAAUCUGUAAAAUGUUAGUCCGUUAAAUGUUCAUUUAAAUUAUGUUUAAUGUUUUAAUAAAGUUUCUGCUUCA